CGCGGGCUGCGGCCCCGGCAGAAACAGCUCCUGCGCGGUUCCCCGGCGCCUUCGCAGGCCCCGGUCGGGCUCCCGGACCUCGCGCGCCCUGAUCCCGACAACUGUGGACCCGCGGCGGCACGGGCAGCAGCUCCGCAGAGGCCACGCUCCCGCACAGGGCCGGCCGCUCGCCGCUCCCUCGGGCUCGGGCGGGGCUCUGGGGGCCACCGACCGCGAUGGCAGCGCGCGCGCCCCUCCGCGGGGCCCUGGGCGCCUGUCUGCUGGGCGGCCUCUGGGUCUGGGCGCUGGGCGGCCUGGGGGCGGCGGCGGCCGGGGGCUCCCCGGGGGCUCUGCGCCCGUGCCAGGCGCCGCAGCAGUGGGAGGGGCGCCAGGUUCUCUACCGGCAGAGCAGCCGGCGCUACAGCCGCGCCCUGCUCUCCUACGACGGGCUCAACCAGCGCGUGCGGCUGCUGGACGAGAGGAAGGCGCUGAUCCCCUGCAAGAGACUAUUUGAAUAUAUCUUGCUCUAUAAGGAGGGAGUGAUGUUUCAGAUUGAACAAGUCACCAAGCAGUGCUCCAAGAUCACCCUGACGGACCCCUGGGACCCUCUCGACAUUCCUCAGAACUCCACCUUUGAGGACCAGUACUCCAUCGGGGGGCCACAGGAGCAGAUCACCGUCCAGGAGUGGUCCGACAGAAAGUCAGCUAGAUCAUAUGAAACCUGGAUUGGCAUUUACACAGUCAAGGAUUGUUAUCCCGUCCAGGAAACCUUCACCCAGAAUUACAGUGUGAUACUGUCCACGCGGUUUUUCGACAUACAGCUGGGCAUUAAAGACCCCUCGGUGUUCACCCCGCCGAGCACCUGCCAGACGGCGCGGCUGGCCAGGAUGAGUGAGGGCUGCCCCUGGUAAGCCUGCGAGUGCCCAAGGGAUGGCAGCGGACACUGGAUGCCCACGGCCCCAGCUCGAAGCGGACCUGAGACUUGAGAGAUGAGAAUCUUCAGGGGAGAUAAAUAUAAUUUUAGGAAAGCAAACAUUGCUGUGGGUUAUUUUUGUAUAUACGAUGUUGACAACUCAAGCUGUGUUUACAACCUGAAGAGAGUGGAGAACAGGUGGUGAUAACGAACCGCGGAGGUGGUGGACUGGCAGGCUUCAGGCGUCUGGGCUCCCUGCAUUCUGCGCAGGCAGGUGUGUGCUAGGGCUGCGGCUUUUCUGGGCGAGGAUGGGGACGGGAACGAUGCUUGAGCGCUGGCACUACUGAGAGGCGCUGCAGUACCGGCACAGGGAUAAUACAGAGCAGGACCAUAGUGGCCAGUUUCAU